AUGGACGAACAGAUUAUUUUCACUACCCAAGGUACAGGUACCGUUGGUAAUAUCCAUUCUUUCGAGCAAGCAAACUUGAGAACAUGUACCACCAAUCAUAGAAAUAGUGCAGUUCAAAUUAAUGAUAAGUACCUUUUCGUGGCACAAGCUAAAAAGGCGUUAAUAAAUGUCUAUAAUCUAUCUGGUCCAAACAAGAGAGAAUCGGUGGAACAAAGACUACCGUUGCCGGAGGCAGUCAAUUGUUUGGAAAUUGUCGAAAACGAAAUCCCUAUCUACAGCAAUAGAAAUACUUCCAAUGUAUACAAUUAUCCAGAAUUCAACUUACCAUAUUUAUUGUUAGCUUCAACGGAAUCAGGCAAAUUAUAUGCCUGGGAAUUAAAUUCUGGUAAUUUGCUUAACGUAAAAUCAAUGGCACAUUAUCAGGCAAUCACAAAGAUAAAAUCUAUCAUGAAUGGAAGAUAUAUUAUAACAUCAGGUAAUGAUGCCAGAAUCAUAAUAUGGCAAACUGUGGAUCUUGUUUCACAGGAAGAUCCAAAACCUAUUGCUAUUAUUCACGAUCAUACUUUGCCAAUCACCGAUUUUGAAGUGUCAUCCACCCAUGGUGAAAGUUUAUUCAGUUCAGGAACCAAACUAUACACUGCUUCGGAUGAUUCGACUGUAAAGUGUUACGAAUUAAAUCUAUACGGUUCUAAUAACAAAAAAGUUGGCAAUAAGCCUAGACUAUUGGCUUCUUUCUCUUUACCAUUUGCCGCCAAUUAUAUUACUCUAGAUCCAGCUGAAAGGUCGAUUUAUUUAGGGACAAAGUUUGGCUGUUAUUCAUUAUCACUAUAUUAUAACUUAGAAAGUAAAAAAAUAGUUAAUUUAACACAGCUAUCUGAUAGUAACAAGGGCAAAAUUUAUUCACUAAUAUUUGAUGAAGAGAAAGCUUCAAGCAAAAAUGAGUUAUUUAUAAGAGGCCAGCUAGUUAUAGAAAGGCUGAUGGAGACGGAAGUGUCAUGUUUAUCAAUUUCAAUGGACGGUACAAUACUUUUGGUCGGUGACACAAUGGGAAACGUCUCUGUAGUCGAGGUUUUCUCCAAACAAAUUUUGAAGACGUUACAUCCUUUGACAACCUCGCAAGUAACUAGCGGUGCUGUCACUAAUAUUCUUGCAAAAGCUGCUUAUCAAGACGAAAAUGAAGCUUUAAUUGGUUUCAGUAAAGACGUACAAAAAUCAAAUGAUCAGAAAUUGCCAUCCUUGCAAAGAGCCAUUUUUGACGCCAAAAAACCUGGGCAAAUGCAUGAUGUCUGGCAUCAAAUAGGCCCAAGGGAAGGUGGUAGCAACAGUGGAAUGGUGACACCACUAAAUAAUCUAGACCAAUAUUUGGAUAAUGUCAUGAAACAAGAAUCUCAUUUUGUAAUGAUUGGCCAAAAGAUAGUCAGUGAAGAAAGAAUCGUAAAUAAGGAGACUCAAGUUGAUGCUUCUAAGGAUGAAGAGAUCAAAGAAUUGAAGCAAAAUAUUCAAGUAUUGACUAAAGCAUACAAGGAAUUAAGAGACAUUCAUGAGAAAUACUACGAAGAACAUGAAAAGGUAAAGAAGAAAUAA